UUCCCCGAGCCCUGAGCAGAGCCCCCUGGCGGCAGCAGCUCCGGAAAUGCAGAUACAAUGUUGACCCAGCCCCAGGUCGGGAACAGCUGCCCAGCAACACUGUAGCCAGGGGAGCGCUCCGGGUGCUGCGACUGGUGGCGUGGGCGCUGCUCUCUGUGCUCAGCACAGCCGGGGAGCUGCGAUUUAUUGCUGCUGCUUCUCCUGGGAGCCGGGAGCCCACCAGGCGGAGCCGGAGACUCCAGGGGCCAGUGACCUUCAAGGAGACUCAUCAUGCAGGAGAAUUGUGAGAAUGUGACCUCGCUGGCAGGUGAUGUGAUGGUGAGUGAGAACGAGGAAGAGAGUCCUCAGCAGAAAAGUCUUGAGCAAGUGGAACCGCGUGGGAUAUUGCUGGGAAGACCUGAAGAGGGUAUUUUCCAAAGUUCUGAGCUGGGAGAAUCCUGUGAGACUCAAUACAGGCCAGAGGGGCAGCUGGGAAACCCCCCAGGAGAUGGACAGGGAAAAUCCAGUCACCGUGGGGGAGAUUUGGAGGACCUCAAUGGGACCACAGUGCAGCUGAGAAUCAGCACUAAAGAGAAACGGCAUGAAUGUGCUGAGUGUGGGAAAAGCUUCAACCAGAGAUCAAACCUGAUUGUACAUCAGAGAGUUCACACAGGAGAGAGACCUUAUAGCUGCCCUGACUGCAGGAAAAGCUUCAAGCAGAGUUCAGACCUUCUUCGACAUCAAAGAAUUCACACAGGAGAGAGGCCCUACCGAUGUCCCAUCUGUGGGAAAAGCUUCAAUCAGAGCUCAGAACUUAGUAAACAUCAGAGAACCCACACGGGAGAGAAACCCUAUAAGUGCCCUGAGUGCGGGAAAAACUUCAAUCAGAGCUCAGAACUUGUUAAACAUCAGAGAAUUCACACAGGAGAGAGACCCUAUAGGUGCUUGGACUGUGGAGAAACCUUUAGCCAGAGCUCACAUCUUAUUGUGCAUCAGAGAAUCCACACGGGAGAGAGACCCUAUAAGUGCCCCAAGUGUGGAGAAAGUUUCAGUGUGAGAUCAGUCCUUACUACACAUCAAAGGAUCCAUACAGGUGAGAAACCCUAUAAAUGCCCCAUCUGUGAAGAAAGAUUCAGUCAGGUCUCAGCCCUUAUUACACAUGAGAGAAUCCACUCCGGAGAGAGACCCUAUAAAUGCCCGGACUGCGGGAAAAGCUUCACGCAGAGCUCAGCCCUAAUUAGACAUCAGAGAACCCACAUGGGAGAGACACCCUAUAAAUGCCUAGACUGUGGGAAAAGCUUCAAGGCGAAGGUCUCUCUAAUGUCCCACCAGAAACUGCACACAGGAUAGAAGGUGUCGGGAGCUUUCCCUGCAGGGCAAUGGGUCUGUGCCCUCCUGAAGCAAAGUGUAAAUGUGCUUCCUUUGAGGAUGAUCUGGGUAAGGACAGCAGACAGGUGGAUGGUUGGGGUUUCUAUGGGAGGUGGUUGGCGGAGCCCGGAGGAGGAGGAAAUGCUGGGCACUGGGGAGAUGAGUCAUUUCAGGGUUCGAGGGGAGCAAGUGGUGGGAUCAGUGGGGAGAUGUUUCUGUGGGUUCCACACACACUUUCCAGUGUAGGGAAGAAGUAAAAAUGUCCCAUUAUCAUUUGUGUCUGAGUCAUCUCUGCGGCUUCUAGGGCACCUUGAGGCAGGGACAGGGGAAUGAUAUUCAGGGAAGCAGCAAGGGGCCCUGCAUGGCUGUAGUUAUACAGCAGGAAGAGCUGCCGAUCUGAAGUGACAGGAUGUCUGAGCUAGGGUGACCAGACAGCAAGUGUAAAAAAUCGGGACGGGGGUGGGAGGGUAAUAGGUGCCUGU